AUGGCUUUUCCUCCUUCCAAGGAUGAGCAAUGUCUGUUUUGCUCCAUGUCAGAGUCGACGUCGGAGGACGUAGAUUGGGUCCAAUGCGGAAAGUGUGAACAUUGGGCUCAUUUUUCUUGCGCGGGUGUUGACCAGGAGGUAGCGAAAUCCAAUUGGUAUUGCCCACAGUGUGUCCCAACGAGUGUUCAGCAGUUGAAGAUUCCAGACGCAGGAGGCAAGAAGCGAGGUAGCAAGAAGUCCGGCCAAAAGAGCGAUGGAGGGUCUGAUCAGGGAGCUGGUUCCGAUGUUGAUCCAGUUGAAAAGCAGUUGGAAGAGGAACAGCUCGCCAAGGAGAAGGCCUUUGCGAAGCAAAUGGAAGUGCGGAAGAAGUUACUCGCUCGGCAGAAGGCGUGGAACGAAGAAAAGCUGAAGCAGGAACGGGAGAUGCUUGAACUGGAAUCCCAGGCCCGGCGAGAAAUAGAGAUGCAGCAGUUGGACUACGAGCAGAGAAUGUUGCAGGCUCAACUGGCUGCGGAGCAGAAGUUUUUGAAGGAACGGGAGGCAAUCCGGCUGCAGGUCAACAGCAGCAUCAAUAGAAUUAAAGCGCUGAAGGAUCAAUAUGGCGCUAUUGGUGGAUCUUCGAAGGACGGUCCGGAGCAGAAAAGGCAGCCGGAGCAGAAAGGGCAGCUGGAGUUGCAGAAACAGAAGAAGAUAGCCGAAAAGCCAGCGGGUACGGAUUCUCGAGGAGCGUACCCGAAAAGGGAGGACCGACAUGGAAUGGAGUCGGGUUCUAGAAAAACCGAUAAGCAGAAGAAGAUGAAGGAGGUGCCUGCUAAAGAUCGGGAGGCCGAAUCAAGUGAUGAGGGUCAAAUCCGCGACUCGUCGGAAGACCGUGCGAGCAGCGACUCGUCAGAAGAUUGUGGAAGCAGCGACUCGUCGGAAGAUCGUGCGAGCAGCAAGCGACCUGGCAGUGUGCGUGGUAACGGAGCUGGUGACGGGUCGGGGCGAACCGGCGGUCGAAUCUCGAGGGAUCAGCUGGCCGCUAGAAAAGCGAUUUCGCAUCACCUUCCAAAAUUUCGUGGAGAACCGGAAGUUUGGCCGCUGUUUAUUAGCAGCUUCGAAUAUACGACGGAAGCAUGUGGGUUCUCAAACCUGGAGAACUUGAAGCGACUGCAGGACUGUUUGCAAGGUGACGCGCUCGAAGCAGUGAGGAGUCGGCUCGUUCUGCCGAAUUCCGUUCCGAACGUGAUUUGUGACCUACGGAAUCUAUUCGGAAGGCCGGAGAAGCUGCUGAAGUCGCUGCUGACGAAAGUGAGGAACGCUCCAGCGCCGAGAGCUGAUCGACUGGAGAUGUUCGUUAAAUUUGGGAUUACGGUGAAGCAGUUGUGCGACCAUCUUGAGGCUGCGCGACUCAACGAUCAUCUUAAUAACCCGAUGCUGGUACAGGAGUUGGUUGACAAGCUACCACCGAGUUACAAACUGGAUUGGGUGCGGUACAAGCGAGGAAAGGAAGAUAGUCCGCUGAGGAUGUUCACGGAUUUCAUGACUGAAAUAGUAUCCGACGUGUCCGAGGUGACGGAGUUUUCUACGCUGUCGGUGAACGAGCGAGCGUCGCAUGGGCGAGAGAAUCCUAGAAAGAAGGAGUUUGUGCAUAUGCACGACUCUGAGCAGAAGCAGAGCGAAGAACUACGCAGAGAGGUGGUCAGCCGUCCUUGUUGGAUUUGUAGGCGGACGGAUCACAUGAUCAAGAGCUGCGGUGAGUUCAAGCGGAUGAAUAUCGCAGAACGGCUAAAAGAAGUGGAGAAGCAGAAACUCUGCGGAGUCUGCCUUAACAAACACGGUGGAAAUCGAUGCUUCUCAAAGAUCCGAUGUAUGGUGCGGAAUUGCCAAGGCAACCACCAUUCGCUUUUGCAUCGGGUUGAAGAAUCGGUGCAAUUGCAGAGAGCAAAAUCAGAUUGCAUGGUGAUUUUCCGGAUGAUGCCGGUGACACUUCAUGUUGGUAAGCGGCAGUACGACACCGUCGCCUUCCUGGACGAAGGAUCGUCUGCUACGUUGGUGGAUGAUGGGGUGGCCAAACGGCUGAAGGCAGAAGGGACUCUCGAGCCGCUGAUAGUCACGUGGACCGGAAACAUCAACCGGUAUGAGAACGAUUCCCGUAGUGUGGAAAUGAUGAUGUCGGCGAAGGGAUCUAAGGAAAAAUUUCCGCUAUUCAACACACGAACGGUGUCCGAGUUGCAGCUACCGCAACAGGAUGUACGGUAUCAUGACGUGGUGAACCGGUAUUCGCAUCUUACUGGAGUGCCGGUGAAAGAUUUUCCGUCCGGACUGCCGAUGAUUCUGGUCGGUUUGGACAACCUCCAUCUUUUCGCGCCGUUGGAGUCACGGGUUGGGAAACCGAACGAACCCAUCGCCGUGCGGUCGAAAAUGGGAUGGACAAUCUAUGGUUCCGAGAAGCUGAAGCCUAGCGUGAAGACUUACCUGAACCUCCAUUCUGUCACACCGGUAAGCAAUCAAGAGCUCCAUGAUUUGAUGCGGGAGCAGUACGUGUUGGAUGAGACGGCGAUUACAUCGUUUGCCGUACCAGAACCGGCGGAGGAGAAGCGGGCUCGAGAGAUUCUCGAAACAACAACGAAACGAAUUGGCGAUCGUUUCGAGACGGGUCUGCUGUGGCGAGAAGACGUGCGGUGGUUUCCUGACAGCUAUCCGAUGGCCAUGCGAAGAAUGAAAGCACUUGAACGAAAUCUAGAGAAGGAUCCAGCGUUGAAACGAAAUGUGUGCCAACAAAUUAAGGACUAUCAGCUCAAGGGAUACGCACAUAAGAUCAGCGUAGCAGAACUUGAAACACCAAGCUCGGCGGUUUGGUAUCUGCCAGUAAAUGUGGUGCGAAACCCAAAGAAACCUGAAAAGGUUCGCCUGGUGUGGGACGCUGCAGCAUCGGUUGGAGGAGUCUCGUUGAACUCGCAGUUGUUGAAGGGGCCGGAUAUGUUAGUUCCUCUUCCGAAAGUUGUCAGCUGCUUUCGGGAGGGUCCGGUUGCAUUUGGAGGAGACAUCCAAGAAAUGUAUCACCAAAUGAAAAUCCGAGCUGAGGACAAGCAAGCGCUCCGAUUUUUGUUCGGAACAGACCCAACAGGGGCACCGCAAGUGUACGUGAUGGACGUGGCCACUUUUGGCGCUACGUGCUCGCCUGCUUCAGCGCAAUUUGUAAAGAAUCUGAACGCGGAACAAUUUGCGGAAGAAUUCCCUGAGGCAGCAGCAGCGAUUAUAAAGAAGCACUAUGUGGACGAUUACUACGACAGUGUGGACACCGUCGAGGAAGCGAUCCAAAGAGCCAAGGAGGUGAAACACAUUCACUCGAAAGGAGGAUUCCACAUACGUAACUGGAUGUCGAACUCGGAGAAGUUUCUAGAGGAGCUUGGGGAGCGCACCGCAAACGCAGCAAUUCACUUGACCCGGGAUAAAGACACGGAAUACGAGCGUGUACUGGGGAUCGUGUGGAAUAUGAUCGAAGACGUCUUCUGUUUCGCAAAAGAUUCGAAAUUAGAGCAGCUGAAAGUCCUCCGAGGAGAAGAACGUCCGACGAAGCGAAUAGUACUCAGUAUCGUGAUGGCGCAGUUUGAUCCGGUGGGUUUCCUCGCACCAGUCACCAUUCUGGGAAAAAUGUUAGUACAAGACCUGUGGCGGAUUGGUUGCCAGUGGGAUGACAUCGUGGACGACGCAUCGUUCAAGAAGUGGAAACGGUGGACGAACAUCCUGAUGGACACUCAAGCCUUCAAACUACCACGCAGCUACUUCGGCAGUGCGCGAUCAGAUGAGAUCGAUGACGUGCAGCUGCAUAUCUUUGCGGAUGCGAGCGAGACGGCCUACGGAUGCGUGGCGUUUUUCCGAGCCGUUGUACGAGGAGAUGUGAUGUGCGCCAUGGUGACGAGUCGAGCGAAGGUAACACCAUUGAAACAGCUGUCGAUUCCGCGUUUGGAGCUUAUGGCAGCGGUACUCGGUGUACGACUAUCACAGACAGUGCGCGAAAACCAUACCUUCUCCAUUAGUCGAGUGGUCUUCUGGGUAGAUGCGGAGGUGGUGCUAUCGUGGAUUCGAUCCGAUCAGCGCCGCUACAAGCAGUUUGUCGGUUUCCGUAUCGGAGAGAUCCUGAGUUCGACGAGGAUUGCAGACUGGCGGUGGGUACCGACGAGAUUGAACGUGGCAGACCAGCUAACGAAGUGGGGCAAGGAUCCGGAAAUACAUCCGAACAGCUCGUGGAUAAAAGGACCGCAGUUUCUGUACAGCCGUGAGGAAGAGUGGCCGAAGAAGAAUCUACCGCCAGCGAACACGACGGAGGAACUCCGGGUUCAUCUCCUACUGCACGAUGUGAAGGUGUCAGCGAAUUUGGUAGAUGCAGACCGCUUCUCGAAGUGGACGGUGUUGGUUCGGACGAUGGCGUGUGUAUUUCGUUUCGUGUCGAACUGCAGGCGAAAGUUCAAAGGGCUGCCUAUCGAGACAUUGCGGGCGACGAGCGAGCAGAUGAAGGUGCAAAAGUCAACCACGAUGGCGAGUAUUCGCAUACCGUUACAGCAGAACGAAUACGAACAAGCAGAGCGGUGCCUCCUAAAAUUGGCGCAGUCGGAGAGUUUCAUCGAUGAAUUGAAGGUGCUGUCGAGAAACAAGGAGCGUUCGGUGAAUCAGUGGCUGCCAAUCGAGAAGUCAAGUCCUCUGUAUAGGCUGACUCCCAUGGUCGAUGAAGAUGGACUGAUUCGAAUGGAGGGUCGUGUGGAACGAGCAGAAUUUUUACCGUUUGAUCUGCGAUUUCCAGUGAUUCUGCCGAAUGACCAUCGGAUUACGAGAUUGAUAGUCCAGCACUACCACGAGAAAAGUGGCCACGGGUACCGCCAGGCGGUGAAGAACGAACUGAGGCAGCUGUACUAUAUUCCACACAUAGAUGCAGUUGUCCGGAAGGUGUCAGCGUCCUGCGUGUGGUGUAAGGUGAAUCGGUGUCGUCCUGAAGUUCCAAGGAUGGCCCCGCUGCCAGUACAGCGAGUCACACCGAAUCUUCGAGCCUUUAGCUACGUCGGUAUCGAUUACCUGGGACCAUUUGAUGUGACCAUAGGACGCAGAACGGAGAAGAGGUGGAUUGCGCUGUUUACGUGCAUGGUAACACGUGCCGUGCAUUUGGAGGUGGCACACGGGCUGACCACUCAGUCGUGUUUGAUGGCGAUAUACCGGUUUAUGGGUCGCCGGGGCUGGCCGAUUGAAUUCUUUUCGGACAACGGGACGAACUUGCGAGGAGCCAGUAAUGAAGUGGUGGAGGCUGUGCACGGCAUUACAGACGACUGUGCAGACCAGUUAACAAACGCGAGAACGAAGUGGACGUUUAAUCCUCCCGCUGCACCUCACAUGGGAGGUGUUUGGGAGCGCCUGGUCCGCUCUGUGAAGGAAGCGCUGACAGCACUCGACGAUGGAAGGCGACUAACGGACGAGAUCUUGCAGACAGCAAUCGUUGAAGCGGAGGACAUCAUCAAUUCCCGUCCGCUCACCUACGUGUCGCAGCAGUCCAACGAAGUAGAAGCGCUCACCCCAAAUCACUUCUUGAGGGGAGCGUCACCAAACCAACCAAGUGGCACUCUUCCACCUCCCCAUCCUGCCGUGGCCCUUCGAGAUGCGUUCCAGCGUUCGCAGCAAUUGGCCAGCGUGAUGUGGGAGCGGUGGAUUAAGGAGUACGUGCCGUCGUUGAACCAGAGGACGAAGUGGUUCGGUGAGACACGACCAUUGCGAGCAGGAGACCUGGUGUACGUCGUGGAGGGAGCAAAUAGAAAGUGUUGGAUCCGCGGAGUGGUGGAAGAGCCCAUCGUAUCCGGUGACGGUAGGAUCCGUCAAGCGUGGGUGCGUACCAGCACCGGACGAUACAAGCGAGCGACAGCGAAACUGGCCGUGAUGGAGUUGGUUGAGGGUAACCCUGAGCCGGACGUGACCCCUCGGACAGAGUUACGGGCCGGGGAAUGUUCUGGCAACACGGACCGUUCCGCCUCGCGAUCGGCCGAUGAGGCGAGAAGCGGUUUGGCCGAUGAGGCGUGA